AUGUUGGCCACUGAUGAUGUCGAAAACUACAAGGCUAAAGUACCUGAAGUGAAUGCAGACAUACAUGAUAUAAAUUCUGAUCUUGUCCUUGGAGACUUGAAAGAUGCUAGCACUGAUUUUGAAUUUUCAUUUCUGGCUAAAAUAGCCAUUGCACUGGGCAUAGCUGCAAUCGUCACAAUCAUCUCUAUUGGGGUGGAGCGGCCUGCUAUUGGUUCAUCUCUUGGAUUUCAGUUUCUUUCAGAUAGUUCAUCUCCUUCAGUAAUGGCCAUAGCACAUGUUGGCUUCACCUUUAAAGCUUUUGGUUACAGAAUAGCUCUGCCAGAAUUUGCUCCAGGGUCGAUUUACUUUUGGCUGCUUAUGGCUGCUGCUUGUGGUCUUUUCAUCAGUGAAGAAGCUUUAAAUAUCUGGGUUGGCAUAUCUAUAGCAAGGAUGCUAACUUUGGAUGGGUCAUGGAAGUCUCUUGCUGAGUCCUUUUCUAGGAAUGCUGGAUACAUCAUAUCGACGAUUUUUUGGGUGUACUGGGGAGUGUGCAUUAGUGACUUGAUACCAUUUUAUUUUGGAAAGCUUUUCAAGCAGUCUGGGGCAUCUGAUGAUGUUUGUUCAAAGUUAGGGAUUGGAAAAGAGAAAGCUUUGAGCAUAACUCGUGUUAUUAAAAAAUAUGGCAAUCUCAUUGGUUUUGUUGAACGAUUUUCCCUUGGAGUAAGAAAUCCAACAGCAUUUUUGGCCGGGGCAUCGGUUAGUGUUCAAUGACUAAUUUACCAUUUGAACUUGUUUUUUAUAUAGUUUUAC